GAGCUCUCACGACAAGCAUACACCGUCGUCUGCACAAAAUUGAACCCUUAAUUUUCUCUCUUCGAUCUUCACGAACAAUGACGAUGCCGGCUAAUGGUGGCGCUGAUCGGAGAACCGAUUCUGCGCCGACUGCUCUGUCGUCGACCCCUAUCCCCGCAGGCAACAUGGAUGCUAACGGAACUGUACCAGUACCGGUGAACUCCAAUUACCGUCUCCGAUUGAGUCCUAAAAAGGAUCACAAACCGGAAAAUUACGAAGAUCUUCGAUCGGAGUUCAGUCCUCUGCUUUUUAGCUCAAUGGAGCGACACCUGCCGCCGAACCUCUUGAAUGCUCCUCGAGAAGCGAAGUUUAAGCACAUGCGGGACAUUCUGCGUCGUUAUUCGAAUGAAGGAGAGCGUAGUCGAGUGAAGAAGCACAGCAUAUACAGGGAAAGAAUCAUAUCCAGUUAUCAGCCUCUUUACAGAGAAUUAUAUGAACUGAAUCCCUCAAGCUUCUUUGUGCCCUCUUUCAUAAACGCAUUCAUGGCUAAUGAUGAUGUCAGCAGAAAUCAAAGUAUCAGAAACAUAAUGUCUGAACCUGUUCCAGGAGUUUUCACAUUCGAUAUGCUCCACUCAGAUUUCUGUGCAAAGAUGCUAGCUGAGGUUGAAAAUUACGAAAAGUGGAUUCUGGAAACAAAAUCAGCAACCAUACGCCCAAACACCAUGAACAAAUUUGGUGUUGUUCUUGAUGACUUUGGAAUGGAACCAAUGCUGGAAAAGUUAAUUCAAGACUUCAUUGGCCACAUCUCAAAAAUCUUCUUUGCUGAUGUGGGAGGAUAUGCACUUGAUUCUCAUCAUGGAUUUGUGGUGGAAUAUGGAUUUGAUAGAGAUGUGGAAUUAGGGUUUCAUGUGGAUGAUUCAGAGGUGACUUUAAAUGUCUGUUUGGGGAAACUGUUUGCUGGUGGAGAGUUGUUUUUUAGAGGAGUGCGUUGUGAGAAACAUAUGCAUACCGAAUCACAACCCGAGGAGAUAUUUGAAUACUCGCAUGUCCCAGGGCAUGCGGUUAUUCACCGUGGUCGUCAUCGACAUGGAGCUAGACCCACUACAGCUGGAAAUCGGGUCAAUUUAUUGAUUUGGUGCAGAAGUGCUGUGUUUAGAGAGAUGAGAAAACACAUGAAGGAGUUUACAACUGGCUGGUGUGGUGAAUGUCAACGGGAGAAUAGAGAAAAACUUGAACAGGCUGUGGCUGCGAAAAAGGAAGCGUUAGUGUGGAAUGGGAUUGUGGAGAAGAACCACCUUCCUCCUGCGUCGCCGCCAUCCGCCGCCGCCAUCGGACAUCCACCGGCCACCACCACCAUGCAUUCCUUUCUUCUUGUAGUAGGAACAAUACCAAGGAUAAAAAGGGGAAAAGAGGAAUAA